AUGGAAUUAUUAGCUAUCAAUCAAAAAUCAAAAGGUGAUGAUGAUAAUCAAGGACCAUCAUUAACAUCACAAAAUCGUGAUGAAAGAGUAUUAGCUAGACGUAUUCGUGUUGAACAACGUAUUGCACAAAAAAAACGUAAAACACUUGGUAUUAUAUCACCAGUUGAAGAUGAACAUAAAGAUGAAGCAAGUUUAGCUAAAGAUCAAACAGAACAAUCACGACAACGUUUAGUUAAACUAGAAGAAGAUGGUUUAGAAUUUGUAACAAAUAUACGUGUUGGUCAAGAUUUAUUAGAACAUCAACAUCGAUUAGAAGAAGAAGAAGCAACAAGAAAACGAAAUGAACGUUUAGAACAAGAUACAAAAUCAUCAAAAGAAAAAUUUGAUGAAAUUAUUCGAAAUUGGGAAAGUGCUCGAACAAAAGAACUUCCAAGAGAAUUACAUGAAUUACUUAUGGCACAAAAACAUGCAUGUGGCACAAUGCUUGAAGAAAAAAAUAAAUUAAUUGGAGAAUUAGAAAAGGAAUUAAAAAAUAAAGAUGAUUAUUAUGUUAAAAUGUUACGUAAAUUUGAUGAAAAUGUCAAACUACUUGUUGAACGUAUGAAUGAACAAGUUAAAAGUCGUCGAAUGUAUUAUGCACGUGAAUUACAUGCUAUUGAAGAAGCAUUUAUAAAAGAACGACAAGAAUUAUUAGAUAAAUAUAAUCGUGAAUGGACAGAAAAAUUAGAAGAACGACGUUUUAAAGAAGAACAAUUUGUUGUAUCACGCUUUGAACGUCAUGAUACAUUUGAACGUGAAUUACAACGUUUACGUAUAAAACAAGCUGAAGAAUUUAAUGCAACUAAAGUUAAAUUAGAAAAUCAAGUACAAGAACAACAACGCAAAAUAGAAGAAAUGAAAGCUAUUUAUCAAUUAAGUCAAGAAAAAUAUGAAUAUAAUUAUAAAGUAUUAAAAAAACGUGAUGAAGAAAAUUUAUUAACUAUUGGCGUACAAAAAAAUCGUAAAAUUAAAUUAAAUGAUUUAUUAACAAGUCUUAAAAGAAAAUUAGUACAAAAAGAAAAACAAUUUAAAAGUGAAAGUAUACAAGCAGCUGAAGAAUAUAAACGAACAUUAGGAAAUAUUCAAGAAAUUAAACGAAAAGCCAAACAUUUUUUAACAGCUGAUAUGGAAAAAUUUCAUGAAUUAUGGAUCAUGAAUGAAGAACGUUGUAAAGAAAUGGCACAAAAAUUACUUGAUGCUGAUAGAAUUAUAUUUGAACAUCAACUUGGUCUUAUUUGGACACCACCUGAUCUUGAUUUUAUGAAUAAUAUUGGUCCAAUUGAUGCAACAAAAAUACCUAAACCAUCAAUUGAUGUUGUACGAGAAAUCUUAACUGAUCAACAAGAUGAUAGUUCCAUUAAACAAACAACUAGUCAUUUAUCAAAUACAACAAUGAAAAAUAUGCUUGAAUUACUUUGUGAUGAAGGAGAUUUUCUUAUUGAACCAAAAUUAUUAGCAUUACUUGAACCAUUAGAAAGCAAUGAAAAAAAUUUAAUUAAAUUAGAUGCUAUUUUUCGUGCAUUAAAAAUUGAAAAUGAAGAAGAUAUUGAAGUUAUGGCUAAAUAUUUUAUUGAUUAUAUUCAACAAAAUACUGAUCAACAAUCAAAAGUUUAUGUAUCAAGUGGUGCUGGUCCUGAACAAGAAGAAGAAGAAGAAGAAGAAGAAGAAGAAGGAACCGAUACAAGUCAUCAACAAAUAACCGAUACUGUUGAUAAUCGUGUUGAAUUAAUACAUCCAAAUCAUGUACUCAAAGCAUUAAUAGAAUUUCUUGAAGAAUAUCGAAGUCAACAAAAGUAUAUUUUUGCAAUAUAUUUAUUUAAAAGAUAA